AUGCGGGUCGAGUCCGACGACGAUAAUUUCGACAAGGACUAUGAUAUGCUCGACUCGGACAGUGACGACGACUUUGAAGAGCAGGGUGAUGACACUCCAGCUUCAACUCCUCCUUCAGGAACGCUUCCUCGCUGUCGCCAAAAAACGCUAAAAUGCCCUUACGACGACUGCGACAAAGCUUUCGAUCGCAAAGUGCGGCUCGAAGAGCACAUCCGAUCCCACACAAACGAGCGCCCCUUCCGAUGUCCGCACCCUCCCUGCACAAAAGCUUUCUUCCGUGACAGCCACCUGAAACACCAUGUCAAAAGUCAACAUAGCAACAUUAGGGAUUACAAGUGCACUUGGGAAGGAUGUGACUCAAGUUUCACAACAGGAACAAGACUCCGGCGCCAUCUCGAGACACAUGAAGCAAAAGAGCGGUUCAGAUGCCGCGGGUAUCCUGGAUGUGAUCAGACUUUCCGCAAACAAGAUACACUAGAUCGGCACAUUCUGUCUGUUCAUCACAACAUCAAACCAUUUCCUUGCAAAGAGUUGGAUUCAGUGACUGGUGCCCCGUGCAAGAAGGCCUACGAUACGGCGGAGAACUUGCGCUGCCAUAUGCGAGCCAAGCAUGAUACCUCGCGCUUUUCUUGCUCGGACUGUAUGGCCCAAAAUGCUGCCAUUCUUGCUAACCCCGAUGAUGAGAGGGAAGUGAUUCGGGCGUCCUUUGCAACCUAUGGAGAACUCCAGGCUCACCUCACCAUUGUCCACCCUCCCACUUGUCAAUAUUGCCCGACCUCUUUCACCACCAACAAGGAAUUGACCCGGCAUCUUGAAAUCCAACAUGGAAUUCUACCAGAGAAGAAAUCGGAAGACUCGGUCGUCUUUACGUGCACUGUCCAAGGAUGCGGCAAGAAGUUCACCAAAAAGGGGAAUCUGAACGUCCACAUCAAAACCGUCCAUGAGAACAAGCGUGACUUUGUGUGCGGCAAGACCGAAAUUGCACUCCCCGAAGAAGUCGCAGAUCAGGGCGACGUGGCCAUCCAUGGCUGCAAUCGCAGCUUUACCAGCAAAGCCAGCCUUGAAGAGCACGUUCGUACUGCGCAUCUGGGCCUGGAAUCAAAGCGAAUGCUUCGUGAGAAGAAGCGUAAGGCCGACCGUCGCAGCGAUGACGAAUACGGUGAUGAUACCGGUGCUGGAGGGGUGCAGCUUAAGAAGCAGCGAAGACCCCGCUCCGACAAGGGUGUCAAGCGAACGUCUGCCAUGGUUGGCCUUACUGGUGUCGCUGAUCUGCCGCAGCCAGAGCAGGAUCAUCAUGACUUUCUGGAUAAUCAUCAGAGGACGAUGGACGAAGUUGGAGAGACCUCUAACAAGAACACUCUUCUCUCCGGCUCUAUGGUCAUCUGUGACGACCACAUCUGGCACAAUGGCACUCCCUACCACUACCCAUCCGGGGAGUAUCCGACCCUUUCGGAAGAUUUCGCACGGGCAAGUGUGCAAGACAAUGGGCCGCUCAACGACUUUGUUCAUGACGAGGGCGUGAAUGCGGAAGGAGCCUAUGACGAAAAUGACCUACACUUCUUUGGACAGUUUGAGCCAGAGACAGAAUUUGUGCAGCGCGGGUUUGAGUAUCCUGCGCUCUGA